GUGACCCGGCAAUGGGGAAGGCAAUAACAUAUAAGCGUACUCGAAGAGCAGAGAAUGACGUAACCAGGUAUGGGGCAUCAUCUAUGCAAGGGUGCCGUGAUGAAAUGGAAGCUACUUGGGCAUCUCACGUACAUCUACUUGAUUAUGCGCCCACAUUAUUCUUUGGUGUUUAUGAUGGCCAUGGAGGAGCGGAAGUAGCAUCUUAUUGUUCGAGGAAGUUUCAUGAAGAGCUUAAAAAGGAUCCAAGCUAUGUCCUCAAUCUGCCUGGCGCAUUGAAGAAUGUGUAUUCCAGCAUUGAUGAGAAGUUGCAAGAAUCAGAUGAAUGGAGGAGGGACUUGGCUUAUUCUCCUGACAUCAGAAAUUUGAUAAGGUGGCUAUGGACUGAUGUUUGUGGUGCUAACUGGCUCCCCAAGGCACCUUAUCUGCCCCCUCUACAUGAAGGAAGCACAGCAUGCGUGGCUGUCAUCAGGGGCAACCGUAUCUAUGUUGCAAAUGUGGGCGAUUCCCGUUGUGUGAUCUCAAGGAAUGGUCAGGCAAUUGAUCUCUCGAUGGAUCACAAACCAAACUACCGACAUGAAAGGAAGAGAAUUGAAAAGGCAGGAGGACAAGUGCGCAUUGAUGAUAUCCCAAAGAAAGUUAUGGCUGACAUGAAGUUGGGCAUCCAUCGCAUUGAGGGAAUAUUACACAUAUCCAGAUCGAUUGGUGAUUUUCAGUUCAAGCAGGACCUGACUUUGUCGCGUCAAGAUCAAAUGGUGACAUGUUGUCCAGACAUAUGUGAUGUGCCGAUAACAAAUGAUACUCAAUUUUUUGUUAUAGCAAGUGCAGGUAUCUGGGAUGUCAUGACAAGUCGGCAGGUGGUUAAUUUUGUACACCAAUGCUUGCAAUCGGAGGAGAAAGAUCCGGGAACCAUCUGCGAAAAACUUCUUGAUUCAUGCCUGCGCGAGGGCUCAAAGGAGAAUUUGACCAUUAUACUGGUUCAAUUCAAGGCCACCGCCCAUGGUGGAGCUGAAGCCAAUGUUGCUCAUGGUGGAGCUGAAGCCAAUGGUGCCCAUGGUGGAGCUGAAGCCAAUGUCGCCCAUGGUGGAGCCGAUCGCGACACGGGAACUGACGAUAUCGAGAGCCCUUAG